UACCCGAAGGAGGAAGAAGGUCAGUUUAUAAUUCAAAACUAACUCAUCUUAAAAUAACACACUACCGGCUUUCAAAUAGAAAAAUCAAAAGCAUUGUACACAUGUUCCCAAAUAUAAUUCAUUUAGAUUUUGAAGGAAGUAUGAAGUCUGAGUCUGUUGGUCUAACUGCAAUCACAGAUUCAUGUCAUAAAUUAAAAUGUCUAAAUAUUUCUAAUCGCAUAGAGUUUUCUGAAAUAUCAAUUUGCAAUGUUAUUCGUUCUUGUCCAAGGCUUUGGCAACUUGAUCUUAGCUGUUAUGAAAUUACUGAAUUAAUUAUCAAAGAAAUUGCUAGAUCAUGUCUUAAUUUAAAAUAUCUUAAUUUGAGAGGGUGUUAUAAAAUUAGCAAAGAGACUGUAGAUCAGCUCGUUCCACUUAAUCCAAAUAUCUAUGUUGAGAAUUUCGUGGGAGCUAUAACAAUUCCUGAUCUGAUUGGAUCACUUAGUAAUUUACUUAGUCGAUAUUUCAAUACAUCUAUAGCUAGUCAAUCUUCGACUCAAG